AUGAGUGCCGUUGCCAAGAUUCUACCAUUGGGGUUUGCCAUUGUCUGUGGCAUUGCUGGAGGUGAGACAGGAAAAAAAGAGACGAAAACCCCGGUGAGCCUCUUUGUGUCCCUGGUGACCAAACUAACUCUCACAGGAGUCUACACGUUCCAGCCUAUGUUUGAAGAAGCCGCCAAAAAACAGCAAGCCGACGCUCGAAAAUUGUCACCGCCACCCACGCAACCUAUUGCUGAGGCUCAGAAAACAAUAGACAACAAGGACGGUGGUGGCUCAUCGUGA